CCUGUCAACCACUCAUUUCAGAAUAGACCAUGUUGAAGAUAGCAGUGCUUGUGUGUGUAUGUGUGGGAUUAAUGCACGGUUAUCCGGGAUUCCUGAAAGAGAUUCCCAAUGGCGAAGCUGUACCCAACCCGUGUACAGAGGAUCCAGAAGACAAGUGGAACUUGGUUGGACACAAGUUUGCCUCUCGUACCGAGUUCAUGAUGGCAAGGAGACAGCUUUCCGAUAAAUACGUGAACGUGUUCGGAGAGAUGUUCUUCAGUAAUGGUCAGAACUGGACGGCUAUUUGUGACCUUGAUGCUGACAAUGAUGGAAAGACAAACGGAGUUGAAUUAGGAGACCCUGAAUGUGUGUGGGAGAGAGGAACAAUACCCGCCGGACCCGCGACCGGACACCCAGGAAUCUGUGAAAUCGAAACACAAGAGUGCCUGUCCAAGGCGUCCGAUAUCUGCCCAACCACUACGACCCCGUGAUCAAUUUCCAGCAAACACAGCUUUCUACAUUACCAUAAGACACAUCAAUAUGUUGUCUGGCUCAUAACAUUCGUAAUGACAAAUAAUGUUGCUUAUACAGUGAUAAUAAUUGUUAUAUAUUAUAAUAAAAGUAUUACAUGUAAAUCUAUAA